UCUGUCUGUGUGUGAGAAAGAGAGAGUAUAUGAGUCACUUGGUAGAAACUAUUAAAAGAAGAGGAGCAGCAGAACUUGUGUGUACACGCGAACUUGUGUGUGUGAGAAAGAGACAGAGUGAGCAGAGUGGUAGAGUCCUAAAGAGGAGUUGUAGAGUGUCAAGUAGUAGCAUGUGUAAGAGAGAUAAUGUCACAAGAUGACCUCUGACCCUCGGCCGGAGCCUCGGUCGGGAUGCUGAGCUUCUUAGAUAAGGUGUCCGUUAAGACGUUUCAUUUUUGGAGUGGACAGCUUUGAUGCAGAACGGUGCUGAAGACAGUCCAAGAUGACGGAAGAGGUGAUCGUUAUUGCCAAGUUCGAUUACAUGGCCCAGCAGGACCAGGAGCUGGACAUCAAGAAGAACGAGCGCCUCUGGCUGCUGGAUGACUCAAAGUCGUGGUGGCGCGUCCGCAACGCUACCAACAAAACCGGUUUCGUCCCGUCCAACUACGUGGAGCGGAAAAACAGCGCCCGGAAAGGCUCGAUCGUCAAGAACCUCAAAGACACUCUAGGGAUCGGGAAGGUGAAGCGGAAAACAGGAAUGAGGGAUACGGCAUCAAAUGCGGAGGCGGACUUUUACCCGGACAACGGAGAGCGGCUGUACGACCUGAACCUGCCGGCGCUGGUGAAGUUUAACUACACUGCCGAACGGGAAGAUGAGCUGUCUCUGGUCAAGGGCACCAGGGUCAUCGUCAUGGAGAAGUGCAGCGAUGGCUGGUGGAGAGGCAGCUACAACGGGCGCUCUGGAUGGUUCCCCUCCAACUACGUGACAGAAGACGCGGAUGGCUCGGCCAGCAACGACAUGAUGGGCUUGUCGGAGAAACUGGCUGCCGUGGUACACAGCGCAAAUGGCAAUAGGGUGCUCCAUACGGUUCAGGCUCUGUAUCCGUUCAGCUCAAGUAACGACGAGGAGCUGAACUUUGAGAAAGGGGAAGUGAUGGACGUCCUGGAGAAGCCGGAAAAUGACCCGGAAUGGUGGAAGUGUCGCAAAGCCGACAGCCAGGUCGGUCUUGUGCCCAAGAACUACGUCACCAUCCUGCAGGAGUCGCAGAACUCUGGGAGCAUGGCUGGACCCCCUACGCCCGACUUCGACUACAUCGAGCCUUCUGGAAGUGGGCGCUUCGCGGGGAAGGAGUGGUACUACGGCAAAGUAACCCGGCACCAGGCAGAGGUGGCGCUCAACCAGAGAGGCACAGAGGGAGACUUCCUCAUCAGAGACAGCGAGUCCUCGCCCAACGAUUUCUCCAUAUCACUGAAGGCCCAGACCAAAAACAAGCAUUUCAAAGUGCAGCUGAAGGACAACCUGUACUGCAUCGGACAACGCAAGUUCAGCUCCAUGGAGGAGCUGGUGGAACACUACAAAAAGGCACCGAUCUUCACCAGUGAGCAGGGCGACAAACUGUACCUGAUCAAGGCCCUGGCUGCCUCCUGAUCCGGAUCGUUACCCGCAUCGGAAAUCCAGAGCCACGUGGCAGGACUGAAAGACUUGGAAAAUGGAGCAUUCCAACAGAGGAGAGGAGCGGAAAAGGGGUGGGGGAGCGACGGACGCUUUUGGACUCCCGUGCUCAUGCUCAGAGACGGCUUCAUGGUUGGACGUGUAUCAAAAAUACAAUUAUGUUUAGGGCCUAGGUGAUGUAUUUUACUGUUAACAUGUAUUAGAAUUACAACUUAGGUUUUCUCUUCUUAAUAUAUAUCCUUUUUUUUUCCGACAGCUUCUUUCGGUAAUUGUGUCGUUGGAUUACUACUCAUCGUUGUCAUCCAUUUGUUGAAUUUCAGAAAACAGAUCACACAUUUCCACGGUUUUACACAUCGCCCUCUUUUCAAAUCUCUCGAAUAACGCAACAUAAGCUGAUGAAAUGUGCUAUGAUUAUAGGCAUCUGACAUUUCUGUGGUAUGAAAAUGGUCGACCAAAACAAGGUUUAGGUGAUGUCUAGCUCAGUGUUUACAAAGAAUAUCAGAAGAAACUGCAGCUUGCAGCUUAACAGGAUGUAGCGGCUGUAUUCUUCCUGUCCUCUCGGGGACAGGAAACUGUUCUAUAUUUGAUCCCUUUUCGAGUGACUGAUGUUUCCUGAGCAUGCCAGAGCAGUAAGAGUCGUGUGCUGGGAUGCAGUCGGCCUGAACCGGACUCCUGAUCUUGAUUUCUUACAAUUAUUACAUUCAAAGUGUCUGCAGUUAUUUUUGUUUGUUGCAACAUUUUUUUUUUCCACUUGUGGCUUUACAUCUGUGUGUUGUGUGUACGUUCGUCCCAUCACGAAGUGUCUACCACAAAGUGUCUUCUCUGUCGAGCAUCACGAAGCUAGAUUGACUCUUACACCUUGCAUCAAUAUGCGACUCGCAUCUGGAUAACGGAAGAUCUGAUCUCACACUCCGCGUUGUCUGCGUGCUGUACGCAUUGGGUCUCGUUGCUCCAGCGCAGAUCCAUGAUCUACAUGGAAAUUGUCCAAUUUCCAGAUAGUGUGGUGUUACGCCUUAACGCCUGGCCCAACUGCAAUCCUUUUGUUACAUUUUUAUAAAAGAUUUUGAUGAUGUCAUAUCUCCAGUAUCUGCCUUCUAGCUAAUGAAACUCUGAUCAGGAGAUUUUCCGCCAGAUCUGACGACAUUCUGAUCGUUUUCCUAUCCGAUGACGAUCGCUGUUAAUGCAAGGUGUCAGGGCUAGGAGUUCUUCACUCAGCCCUGAAGGCUUCAUGGGAGUUUCAGGAUUCAUCUUGCCAUCAUAAACGAGGCUGCUGUCGUUCUCGCACUUGGCGAACCAGGUGUUUUACGUGUGCUGUAAUUGUUGUAGGUUUUGCUUCACCAGGUGUGUGCACGAGUCCCCCGGAUCACGUUUGUCACGUCUGUUGUUUACACAAGGUUGUACGUUAAACGGGCCGCCGAUGUUCAGAGCAACCGGAUGUCGAGCAUAUCAAACUGACACGUGGUGCAUAUAGUUCUUGUUGUUGUUGUCGUGUUUUUAGCGGUUUGGUGAACUGUUCGAGUCGAGGAUGCUUUAAGAUGUUAUGGGAAUUGAUGUUUAAAACCACAGCGAUUUUAAGAGGAUGUUGUUCAGUAACGAGAUCAGGGGUUGAUGGCAUCGGAGCUCAUGAGGCCUUCUUCCUGGGGAACAUCAGCACUCGCUGAUUACUUCCCCAGCUGUGCGGAGUUGGAUCAGGGAAGCAGUGAGAAAUGGGGGAUUUUUCAUGCAGCAAAUGGAAAAAGCGCUCACAUCGACGAGCAGAGAUCCGAGUCAGGGGUGAACACCAGGUUCACUGUGAAAUUUGAUCCAAAAAAGGCCUGGGGCCUAAAGGUUGGGAAAGAAGCAGAUGGUGUGCAAGUGAUCGUGUCUUUUUGGCUUGUUUUUGGUCUUCUGUGUUUGUCACUUUGUUAUUUAAAAGAGAAAUACAGAAAAGGAAAAAAAAAGUGCCUUCAUUAACUGCUAACCAAAAAGGUUUAGCGUUCCUCCGAGUCCUAGCGUCUGUCCUUUCUCGCAGCUAACCACGCCUUCUGUUAUUUGAGUAUUGCUUUGCAUGUGCGUAAUCUGUCCCCGAUGGGAUUAUUCUUUUUUUAUUUUUCUCCUGCAUCCGACUUCCCUGUUGUUCGUUGGACAAUUUAUUAUUUUUUGUGAGAUACGUAUCUGAACAUGGCUCGUUCACUCAUUUGCAUGGUAUGAAGUGACCUUAUUUUACAGCUCCAUCACUCACCAUGAAUCUUCUUCACCUUCAGUUGCUCGGAUUCGAGACAGCGUCGAUGUACAGUUUAAUUUAUAAAUAAAUCGGGAGUGUUAGUCUUUGUUUUUUCCUCUCUCUUUUAAAUAAAAAUAAAUCUACUAACGUGCAAGUUAACUCUCAGAGAUAAGAGACGGAGCCUCGCAGGGUAAAGGCACAUGCCCCUUUUCAUCUCAUAUCCCUGAGUGAUUCGAGCGAUUCAGGACAAAGUCUUGGUGAUGUUUUACUGAUUUGCCUGCUAGCACAUGGAGCGAAAUGUGAGAGUUGUGAUAAGCCUGUCGAUCCAGAUCUACUUCCUUUACAGCUCAUUUAUCUCUCUUCACACAGUGUAGGUCCGGAUCAAAUUCUGGCUCUUGUAAACGAAAUACAAAUUCACUUAGGAGCUAGUUUUCUUUUCUUUUCUUUUCAGUUUUUUUUCCAGUGCAAAAUGUGAUGUUUUGUUUUACUAAAUUAUCCUAAACCACAUUUCUAUUUAAUCUCAGACAGUCCCCUUUACAGCUUUUAACACCGAUGACCGGACAGACGCAAAUAAAAAUCAAAAACCCUGAACUCCCAAUGUCGAGAGCCGGUCUGUUCGAGGAGGUGAAAGAGAGAGAGAGAGACGAUGCUGUGAAAAAUAAUUGUACUUAUAUGCUCACUAUCUACGUGGACUCAUCUUCAUAUCUAAUAGAAGUUUAUUAGACUGUGCAAAGGAAGUAAUAAAGUACAUAAACCAAAUGAUUUCGCGUCAUGUGUUUAAAGAAAGAGAGAGUGAGUGAGUGAGAGAGGCUCCAACAUCGCUCCGCAUCUCUCUGUCAAAGCAAUCCAGAUUAUUAUUAUUGUCUGUUUUUUGAUGCAGGAUAAAUCAUAAAUCACUGUAAAUGUGCUAAUGGGGGAAAAAAUAAACAAAAUGCUCGUUUCGUUCCAGUCUUUAUUGCAGAAGUCAAAAUAAACAGUGGAAACAGGAAAAGCCAAA